GACCAGUAAAUGAAGAGCCUUUGAAUAUGAAAAAGAAAUAGUUCAAGGGAUGGUAAGAGAAUGAGGAGAGACUGGGUCCCGGAAACCAGAGGAGAAGGAAGUGUGAUGAAGGAAUGGUAGCCGUGCAUAAUGCAACAGAGAAAUCACAUAAGGUCCUGAAGAUGGCAUAGUAAUAAAGGCACCUUCUAAUGACCCGUGGGUGCGUGCCCAGGCCAGUGGCGUCGUGUUGAGCUGAAGGAACUUGUCUACCGCGUUCCUGAAAGCCUCUUUCUCUCCUAAUUCAUGAGCCAGCAGGAUGCGGUCGCUGCACUUUCAGAACGCCUUCUCAUAGCUGCGUACAAAGGCCAAGCAGAGAAUGUGGUUCAGCUCAUCAACAAGGGGGCCAAGGUAGCAGUUACCAAGCAUGGCCGGACCCCCCUUCAUCUUGCUGCCAAUAAGGGCCAUCUUUCUGUGGUCCAGAUCUUGCUGAAGGCUGGCUGUGACCUCGAUGUCCAGGAUGAUGGGGAUCAGACCGCCUUGCACCGGGCCACAGUGGUGGGGAACACAGAGGUCAUCGCGGCGCUCAUCCAGGAGGGCUGUGCUCUGGACCGCCAAGACAAGGACGGGAAUACGGCCCUACACGAAGCAUCCUGGCAUGGUUUUAGCCAGUCAACCAAACUGCUCGUUAAAGCAGGAGCCAACGUGCUUGCCAAGAACAAGGCUGGGAACACCGCUCUGCACCUGGCCUGCCAGAACAGCCACUCCCAGAGCACGCGCGUCCUCCUGCUGGGCGGGUCCCGGGCCGACCUCAAAAAUAACGCAGGCGAUACCUGUUUGCACGUUGCUGCACGCUAUAAUCACUUGUCCAUCAUUAAGCUCCUCCUCAGUGCUUUCUGUUCUGUCCAUGAAAAGAACCAGGCUGGAGACACAGCACUUCAUGUUGCUGCUGCCCUAAAUCACAAGAAGGUGGUUAAAAUCUUACUGGAAGCUGGAGCAGAUGGGACCAUUGUUAAUAAUGCAGGCCAGACUCCAUUGGAGACUGCCCGCUACCACAAUAAUCCAGAAGUUGCUCUCCUCCUCACUAAAGCUCCCCAGGUCUUGCGCUUCAGUCGUGGGCGAAGCCUGAGGAAAAAGAGAGAGAGGCUCAAGGAAGAGAGGAGAGCUCAGUCUGUGCCAAGAGAUGAGGUGGCACAAAGCAAGGGAAGUGUCUCAGCAGGAGACACCCCCAGCAGUGAACAGGCUGUACCCAGGAAAGAAGAGUCCAGAGAAGAUUUCCUGUCCGCCUCCCCAGAGCCCAGAGCAAAGGACAAUAGGCAGAGAAAGUCAAGGCCCAAGGUGUCAGCGUUUUCUGACCCCACCCCACCAGCAGACCAACAGCCUGGACACCAGAAGACCUCGCAUGCUCAUAAUCAUCCUAAAAAGAGGCCCAGGCACCGAUGUUCCCCGCCACCCCCUCCCCACGAGUUCAGAGCAUACCAGCUGUACACGCUGUACCGGGGCAAGGACGGGAAGGUGAUGCAGGCACCCAUAAACGGCUGUCGGUGUGAACCCCUAAUCAACAAGCUGGAGAAUCAGUUGGAGGCAGUUGUGGAAGAGAUCAAGGCAGAGCUGGGCUCAGUUCAGGAUAAAAUGAACACAAAGCUGGGACACAUGGAGAACAAGACCCAGCACCAGAUGCGUGUUCUGGACAAGCUGAUGGUUGAGCGGCUCUCAGCAGAGAGAACAGAGUGCUUGAACCGCCUGCAGCAGCACUCCGACGCCGAGAAGCACGAUGGAGAGAAACGACAGAUGUCCUUGGUGGAUGAAUUAAAAACCUGGUGCAUGUUAAAGAUUCAGAAUCUGGAGCUGAAGCUUUCUGGAGAGUCUAGGGCCUCUAGGAGCAAAUCCACACCAUCUACUUGCGAGUCCUCUACAGGUGUGGAUCAAUCAGUGGUCACUGCGGGUCCAGUAGCAGCUUCUGACAGUUCUCCUCAGGUGGUGAGGCCCAAGGAAAAGGCCUUCAACUCCACUGCUACCCACAGGCUACAGCAGGAGCUGUCUUCCUCAGACUGUCCAGGCUCCCGACUGAGGAAUGUCAAGGUCCAGACAGCCGUGCUGCCCUUGAAAGAGGCAGCCAAAUGUGAUCAGCAGGCUGGGCCCUGUGUUGACAGGGGCACCCAAACCAAGAAGUCUGGGAAAAGUGGGCAGACAAGGCAUCGGACCCAGCACCCAGCACCCAGCAACCCCUGUGGGCAGCCGCCACCAGCAGCAGGCAGUGAGCAGACUGCCCCUCACGUUCGAGACACUUCCCAAGCUCUGGAGAUUACCCAGUAUUUUUUUGAGGCUGUUUCUACCCAGAUGGAAAAGUGGUAUGAAAGGAAGAUUGAGGAAGCACGAAGCCAAGCCAGUCAGAAGGCCCAGCAAGACAAGGCCACCCUGAAGGAACAUAUUAAAAGCUUAGAAGAAGAACUUGCUAAACUAAGGACAAAGGUGCAGAAGGAAAAUUAGGAGCUGGGAAGUGGCCCAGGGAGGAUUCUUGAUGAUUGCUGGCUUUGCAGCUCUAGAACAGCUAUGCCCAAGGUGUCCGUUAUCAUGCACAUGGUGGACUUGCCUUUUAAAAACAAGUAGAAUUUCUGAAAUGUGCCAGACCCAUGCUUCCUAUGCCCUGAAGUUAUGACGACUUCAACAAUGAGACUGAAACCAGGGGACGGUUGCUUAGUUUCAGGUUUCAUUACAAACUCAGAACCUCGGUCCAGGUUCAUCUGAGGUUCAUAAAAGCUCAGAUUAAGUGAGCCAUGCUAAGAAACAGAUGAUGCGUAGAGCCUAAACCCUAAAAUUCAGGAUGUACGAAGUAGCAUAAAUCAAAAGGAAGAAGAAAAACGAAUCCCUUGUGAACUCCAGUAGUCAUGCAUGUGGCCCACUCCUGCUGGGCCCAGACGAGAGUCUCUCUCUGUAAGAGCUGUGCUGAGAUGUGCUAAACCCCCCCCCCCAAAGUCCUACUUCUCAAAGUGCUGACCUUUUAACCAGAUGAAAACUUAUCAAAUAGAUUUUGAGGAGAAAAAGAUUUUCAUGUCACUAGAUCCCGUAUAUCUUAAAAUACUUUGCAAAGUCAGUGGGUACUUAAAAUAACGAGGCAUUGGCUAAUAGCACUGGGAGUAUUUGUUAAUAAACUCAAAUGAGAAAGGUUCAAAUCA